GGGUGCUUACAAGAAUCUUCUAGACGCUUUUCUGAAAGUACUGCAAGAAGGGGGACCUGCAGAACUUUACAGAGGCCUUACCCCCAGUAUAAUUGGAGUAAUCCCAUAUGCCGCCACUAAUUAUUUUGCUUACAAUUCAUUACGGAAAGCUUACAAGAAGGUUUUCAAUCGGGAGGAAAUUGGAAAUACUGCAACUCUCUUUAUCGGAUCAGCAGCUGGUGCCAUUUCAAGUAGUGCAACUUUCCCACUUGAGGUGGCUCGCAAACACAUGCAAGUUGAUGCUCUCAAUGGGAGACAUUACAAGAACUUGCUUCAUGCCGUUUCAAGCAUACUCGAGAAGGAAGGGGUUCCUGGUCUGUACAGUGGGUUGGGGCAAACUGCAUUAAAUUGGUCCCUGCUGCUGGAAUUUCUUUCAUGUGCUAUGAGGCAUGCAAGAACAUCCUUGCCAAGGAAGAAGAUGAUCCAUAAAGAUGGGAAACGCAAAUUCUGA